AUGAUCGACGGCAGCGUGGUGGCCUACAACGCGGCUGUCUUCAUAAGCACGCUAUUCCUCCUUGAGGCGGGCGCCGACAAGUUCGUUGACCACACGGCCAUCGUUGCGCGGCGCACCGGCGUCCCGGACACGCUUAUCGCACUCCUCACCGCCGGCGCCGAAUGGGAAGAGCUCGCAGUGGUCGUCAGCGCCCUGGCCCAAGGCCGCGCUCCUCUGGCCCUGGGUAACAUUGUCGGCUCCGCCAUCUCAAACAUCCUCGGCGCAUUUUCGCUUGGUCUUCUUUUCCGCCGGAAGGGGGAAGCAUUGCAAUAUGAUGGCAGCGCGCAUAUCUACUCUGCACUUCUCCUCGCCGUGACCACCAUCAUCAUUCCCGCAACUUACUUCCCUCGACAGGACCUCUGGCGGGUGGUGGGCAUCGUCCUCAUAGUCGCCUUCGUUGUAUAUAUUGGCUCUGUAGGAUGGGCCAUCAACCGUGGAAUCGUUGUUGCGCCCGAGGGAUCAGACAGCGACAGCGACAGUUCCAGCGAUGACGAAAGUGAUGCCGAGUCUGCCUCGUCCGCUAGCAGCAGCAACCGCCGUCGCAGACCCAACGGGGAGCAGCAGCCUCUGCUCCGUCCAUCCGAGAACUUUGCUCGACGCAGGCGUGGCCUGGCGUACCACAUCGGCUGGCUCUUUGCUGGUUUUAUCGCCAUUUGCUUGUCGGGCUACGUUCUCUCCACCGCGGCGACUAACGUAGCCGAUGCCCUGGGCGCAUCUGAGGUCCUGUUCGGCAUUGUCGUGCUCGCCAUCGGAACCACGCUGCCGGAGAAGUUCGUGGCCGUCCUUAGCGGCAAUCGUGGUCACGGCGGAAUUCUUGUCGCCAACACCGUCGGAAGCAACAUUUUCCUGUUGACGCUCUGCCUGGGUAUUGUCAUGGUUGGCACUGAUGGAGAGCUGGGUGGUGCUGGAGGCGUGGAGCUUGCGGAGCUGGCUGUGCUCUGGGUAUCCACUUUGCUAUUUACGGGAACCGUGUGGACUGGGGGCCGGUUCGAUCGCUUGGUUGGCGGCUUAAUGUUGGUCGGCUAUAUCGCCUUCAUUGUGGUGGAGUUUGCUGUUCUUCGUCGACCAUUUGACGCCUGA